UGAAAUUUCACUGAGGGGCUCUUAAUUGAUAGACAGAAAAUGUUUGUUUAUUUAAGUAAAAAAAUUGCAAUACCAAACAAUUUCCGGCUUAAUUGCAUAGCAUGGAAUCAGAAAGAAGGAUAUGUAGCAGUUGGAGGAGAGGAUGGUCUAUUAAAAGUACUUCGGGUAGAUUCGAAUACGAGCGGUUCUAACAGUGGAGGAAAGUCUCGUAAUAUAACAACUGCUAGCAAUUUGAGCAUGAACCAGACAUUGGAGGGACAUAGUGGGCAUGUGCAAGUGGUUACUUGGAACGAGCAGCACCAAAAAUUCACCUCGAGCGACGAGAAUGGUGUAAUAAUCGUUUGGAUGCUGUACAAAGGUUCUUGGUACGACGAAAUGAUAAAUAAUUGUAACAAAUCGGUGGUGAAAGGAAUGGCGUGGAGUUUGGACGGACUAAAAAUCUGCAUAGUUUACGAAGACGGAUCGGUUAUAGUCGGCUCGGUAGACGGUAAUAGAAUCUGGGGAAAAGACUUGAAGGGUGUAUCUCUUGCCGCCGUCCAGUGGUCUCCGGACGGGAAAUUAUUACUGUUCGGGUUGAAAAACGGGGAAGUUCAUCUUUACGAUAACCAAGGUGUAUUUUUAACGAAAUUAAGUAUGAUACCGGUGAAUAGCGGAGAAAAUGAAACGAUAGUAGCGUUGCAAUGGUACGACGGGAGAAACGGCUACGUCGCCUUAGAUUGUCCCACCCUGGGAAUUUGCUACAGAAACGGUAGGGUAGUAUUUAUGCGGAAUACAAACGACGACAAUCCGAUCGUUCUCGAGACUGGGAUGACAGCGGCAUGGUGUUGUUGGAAUAGUUACGGGUCUUUGCUGGCGGUGACAGGUACGAUGCCGUUACUAGGUAACGGGGAGACAAAGGAUACGAACGUGAUUCAAUUCUAUAGUCCGUUCGGUAAACACAUGAGAACUCUGAGGAUACCUGGCAGGGAGGUGACAUGCUGCGCGUGGGAAGGUGGAUCUCUGAGAGUAGCGUUAUCCGUCGAUUCUCAUAUAUACUUUGCGAAUAUUCGUUUGGACUACAAGUGGACGUAUUUCAGUAAGACGGUCGUGUACACGAACGAGAGGAUCGGCAACGAUGGCAUUUCCAUUACAUUUUGGAACACGGUGAACAACACGUGUUGCACGAAAUAUGCGAGAGCGUUGAUAGCGAUAGAUUCCUGCGGAGAGCAUUGCGUGUUGGCAGUGAAGAACGAUCCUGCACAAGGUUCGGAGCAGUUUGCUCUUUUGGUCUGCAAUUCCAUAGCCACUCCGAUAGACAGCAAGUUCAUAAAUUUCGAGCCAUUAUGGGUGAGCAUGACUAACAACGUCGUGAUUACCGCGUCCAAGAAUAAUUUUCUAGUAUGGAGUUAUCGUACUCCGCGUAACGCCGCGUUCAAUACGGGCAAGAUAAAGAGAGAGAAAAUUUAUCACGUCGACGAAACACCGACAGGUGUGACAGAAGUUAUUCAAGAUUUGGAUAAGGAUAGAUCGUUCGAAGCGCCGAUCAAUACGAAAGCCAGCAUGGACCCGAUUUGUUGUUUAUCCGCAACCGAGAAUGUUUUAUUAGUUGGCAGAGAAUCGGGUAUGAUUCAGCGAUACUCUCUGCCGCAAGUGACCAUUACGAAUAGAUACAAUACGGCGUGUAAACUGUACAAAAUCUCAAUCAACUGCGACUCGUCCCGUGCAUCUAUCAUGGAUACAAGCGGUCUAUUGACGAUGCUAGACUUGGAAGGUGAUUCGAAUAAUUAUGAUUCGAAAGACGACGGCGACGGUAACGGCAACGGCAACGGCAACGGCAACGGCAACGAGUCGGUGGACGAUAUAAAGAAAUUCGAGAGGAAAGAUGUAUGGGCAAUGUGCUGGGCACAAGAUAAUCCGACUUUACUGGCCAUCAUGGAGAAGACCCGAAUGUACGUGCUGAGGGAAUUAGAUCCGGAGGAGCCGAUAUCGUGUUCCGGGUACAUUUGUUCGUUUCAAGAUUUAGAGAUACGAUGUGUGCUGUUGGAUGAUCUUAUGCAAAAGCCGGAAGAUACCAGGAACGAAUUGAUAGUGGAUCUGGAGGUGAAAUCUUUGAGAGACACCAGAGAGUUAUUGGUGAAGGUUGGUUUAAAGGAAGCUCAGAACUUCAUUCAGGAUAAUCCCCAUCCGCGAUUAUGGCGUUUGUUGGGGGAAUCGGCGCUGAAGAAAUUGGACUUGGAGACCGCGGAGAACGCGAUGGUUCGUUGCACCGAUUACUUGGGCAUACAGUUUAUAAAACGUUUGCAAAACGUGCAUAACGAUCAACUGAAGAAAGCGGAGGUGGCGGCGUAUCUGGGCAACUACGACGAGGCGGAGAAAUUCUACUUGGACAUGGACAGAACGGAUCUCGCUAUUUCGUUGCGGCAAAAAUUGGGCGACUACUUCCGCGUGGUGCAGUUAAUGAAAAUGGGCAUCGGUGGAUCCGACAAGCAGAUGGAGCAUGCUUACAACAAGAUCGGAGAGUAUUAUGCCGAAAGACAGAAUUGGGAGGGUGCAAAAGAGUAUUACGAGAAAAGUAGAAACCUGGAGAAGUUGCUUGAAUGCUAUUACAAGUUGGAGGAUUUCGUUCAGGUCGCGGAAACGGUGCAACAAUUGCCGGACAAGAGCCCGUUGUUGAAGAGGGUGGCCAGGAUGCUGGCAUCCGUGGGCAUGUGUUCGCAGGCCGUCGCGGCUUACAUAAAGUACGGUGACGUGAAAUUGGCCGUGGAUACGUGCGUUCGCUUGAAUCAUUGGGACCAGGCCGUGGAAUUGGCCAAGACCUAUAAAAUGGCUCAGAUCGGCGAGUUAUUGAAUAAAUACGCCAAUCACCUUUUAUCGAACGGCAAGAGAUUACAGGCGAUCGAGCUGUACAAGAAAGCGAAUUACAACCUAGAAGCUGCCAAGCUGUUGUUACAGCUGGCUGAGGAACAUGCGAGUUUCCGAAAGAAUCCAUUGCGCGUGAAGAAGAUAUACGUGCUGGCCGCGUUGCUGAUAGAGGAACACGUUAACAGUACCCCGGCGAUCAAAGGGACUCGCAGCAACAUCGUGAUGGGUUUAGUCGAGAACAACGAAGAUUCUCGUGUGAUAGAGAACGCUUGGAGAGGCGCGGAGGCGUACCACUUUCUCUUGAUGGCGCACAGGCAGAUAUACGCGGGAAAUUUCGACGCGGCUAUGAAAAUCGCUCUGCGGCUCAGAGAAUACGAAGACAUUCUGGCACCCGAGGACAUUUACUGUUUGCUCGCGUUGUCCAGCGCUGUUCAUCGUUCCUUUGCCGUCUGUUCGAAGGCGUUCAUCAAGCUGGAAUCGUUGGAGGUGAUCCCGGAGACGACCAGAGAAGAGUACGAGAACUUGGCGCUGGACGUUUUUACGAAGCACAGCCCGAGGGACGUUCGUAACUCAAAGGCCGAAUGCACGAAUUGCGAGAGUCUUGUGCCCGACUGGUGCGUCGCCUGUCCCAGUUGUUCAACCAGAUUCCCUGCUUGCAUCGUUUCCGGGAAACCGUUGAUGGAUCUCGGGAACGCGUGGACCUGUACUGUUUGCAAACAUCACGUCGCCACGGAACGAGACGUCGUUAAUAUAAAUGCUUGCCCUUUAUGCCAUAGCACAGUCACCUAUAUGUAG